AUGUGUGUGAAUAGUGACAGUCAGGAAGUUCACCCCGAGUUGGAGAUAAAGUUCAAAUACCUUUUGUACCUAACAGCAGCUCCCGUUGUUAAUCGAUACAACAGAAGAGUAUCAGUUUCUGCUGAACCUUUCAAUCCAGAUGAAGAGGAAGAAGGCACAGAAAAAAGGGUAGUUCAUCCAAAAACUGAUGAGCAGAGAUGCAGACUGCAGGAAGCAUGUAAAGAUAUCCUGCUCUUCAAAAACCUAGAUCAGGAGCAGCUGUUUCAGGUCCUUGAUGCCAUGUUUGAGAAGAAGGUGAAGCCUCAAGAACAUGUGAUUGACCAAGGGGAUGAUGGAGACAACUUUUAUGUCAUUGAGCAGGGACGGUAUGAUAUCGUUGUAGCAAAAGACAACGUGUCAUGCUGUGUGGGCCACUAUGAUGAUCGCGGCAGUUUUGGGGAACUGGCAUUGAUGUACAAUACGCCUCGAGCUGCCACCAUUGUUGCCACAACAGAAGGAGCUCUUUGGGGACUGGAUCGGGGGACGUUCAGAAGGAUUAUAUUGAAGAACAACGCAAAGAAGAGGAAGACAUAUGAAUCAUUUAUUGAGUCUGUGCCCCUUCUUAAAUUCUUGGAGGCAUCAGAGAGGAUGAAGAUAGUGGACGUCAUAGGGGAGAAAGUGUAUCAAGAUGGGGAAUGCAUACUUUCUCAGGGCAACAGAGCUGACUGUUUUUAUAUUGUAGAGUCUGGAGAAGUAAGAAUCUUGAUGAAAAGCAAGACUAUGACAGGCAAAGCUAACCAAGAAGUGGAGAUUACCCGUUAUGGCAGAGGGCAGUAUUUUGGAGAGCUUGCACUUGUUACCAACAAACCCAGAGCAGCCUCUGCUUAUGCUGUUGGGGAGGUCAAAUGUUUAGUCAUGGAUGUGCAAACAUUUGAGAGGUUGCUUUGGACCUGCAUGGACAUCAUGAAGAGGGAUAUAACACAUUACGAGGAGCAGCUGGUAGCAAUAUUUGGCUCUAGCAUGGACCUGAAGGACUCAGGGAAUUAG